UUUAUGCUCUACAACAUUUCUUUUCAACAGACGGCUGACUCUCCUUGUGGGCCAGAUGAAGUGAGUGAACGUGUUGAAGAAGCUCAUGUAGCCACUGCAGGAGGCUUCUAGAAACACCAGGAUGCCUCCAGCCAACAGCCAAAAAGCUGGAGCCUUUGGUUCUGUGGUCCAAGGAAAUAAACUACCCACAACCUGAGCAAGAAUGAAAGCGAUACCGUGGGGAAAGGUGAGCCUCGAGCCUUCUCUGUCAGGAGCUGUAACACACUGCAAGUCCGUCUCUCUAGUCUGUCAUUCUGGAAACGUGCACAGUAGAAUGGCCUCCUAUAAUCCUUUCAGAAAGCACAGGAGACUCCUUCUGAAUAAGACCCCAACCUGUCUCCUCAUAAUUCGAGGAGGACCAGGACCUCCUCCUGGCAGCUGCCUAUGUUUCUGAUGCCCAGUACAACAGAAAUGUUCCCUUUGAAACAUCUCCUCGGGCCAUCAGACUUUACUACUUUUAUAACCACUGGACAAUGCAAGUAGCCAUCUACUUCUUUAUUUGUGUAGACCUUUCCCUCGCCCUGUUUGAAGAGCCCGCCCUGUUUCCACUGCCUUUCUUGGCUACCUCAAUAGCAGAAGUACUCUGCCUGACUGCGUUCUUCGGGAGACUUGUACAUUUUGCGAAAGUCACCCCUCAGAUGGUUUUCUGGAAGGAUACGAAAAACAUCUGCAUCAUGGUAACCAUAGCGCUGACCUUGAUCGAUUUGAUUAUCUAUGGUUCCCUGGAAGCUGUUAAUAUCCACAGCGUUCGAUGGUCAAGGGCCUUAAGGCCAGUCUUCCUAAUUAACUUCCCUGAAAGUCGUCAGAUCCGAAGAACUUUCAGAAGCAUCCGGAACACUCUGCCUGACAUUCUCUACGUCUUCCUCUUAUUCAUGUUCAGUGUGAUGAUAUUCUCCCUUAUGGCCUUGAAGCUUUUUGGGGAUCGGGGUCUUCGAACAGUGGAAGGCUUGCCCUACUUCACAAAUAUCCUGGAGAUAGCAUUUGAACUCUACGUGCUGGUCACUACUGCCAACAGUCCCGAUGUCAUGAUGCCUGCCUAUAACUUCAAUUGGUGGUAUUCUCUGUACUUCAUAACCUACAUCAUCAUCAAUACCUACAUCUUCAUGUCCGUCUUUCUGGCUGUGGUCUACAACAAUUAUAGGAAGCACUUGAAGAACGAGAUUCGCAAGCUGGCGUACCUGAAACGUCACAAAAUGAUGGAGGCUUUCAACAUUCUGAAGGUCAAGGUGGGCACAGAAUUUGUGGUGAUGGAGGCCCGGUGGAGGCGGCUGGCCAGGACUGUGAUGCCACACAUCAGCAGUCCCCACCUGGAGCUCCUUUUGAGGAUCUCCGAUGAGGGACAGAAGGGCUACGUGGACAAAAUGAACUUUCUACGCUUGGCUGACCUCCUCAACAUUCAUGUGGUCACCGUGAACAUCAAGAGACACCCGCUGGAAGAGUGGAUGCCGUGGGUUUACCAGUCGUCCGUAAGCCUCCUGAUCCAGAGGAUGGUUCGGCACAGGAUUUUUGUCUGGGUUUAUGAUAUCAUCAUUCUAAUAAAUGCCAUUUUCAUCGCCCUGGAUGAGAAAAACCCCUUCAUUUCCUACGCAGAGUGGCUUUUCCUUUCUCUCUAUAUUAUUGAAAUUCUUCUGAAACUGUACACGUAUGAGCCCAGAGCCUAUUUUGGCAAGAAACAGUUCUGGAACUGGUUUGACAUGCUGAUCAUCGUCGCCGCCCUGGUGGCCACUGUGGCCAACACCACCAUUCAGUCAGCCAGCAAAUACAACAGUCAGCAGGUGCUGGAUAUUGUCUUGAUUCUGAGGAUCCUCCGGCUCCUACGGGUCAUUGUCAGCAUUCAGAGAUUCCGGCUUAUUGUGACCACCUUAAUUAAUAUUGGUCCCACGAUACUGACGUUUGGUGGACUCAUCUUGGUGGUCUACUACGUGUUCGCUAUCAUAGGGAUGGAAGCAUUCCACGGCAAAGUCCGGUUCUUCGACCAGAAUUUCACCACCCCCGAUGCUCUGAUGUGUGGGAACCCAGCCUUGAAAGACUCCGCGUUUGCCCGAGACAGGUACUGCAAGAAUAACUUCAAUGACCUGGCCUCCUCGUUCAUCGUGCUCAUGGAGCUCACGGUGGUUAACCAGUGGCACAUCCUCGCAGACGGCUUUGCCCUCGUGACUCACCAGGCGGCCAGGCUAUACUUCAUCAGCUUCCACGUUGUGGUCGUCAUUCUCAUCAUUAAUAUUUUCAUAGCGUUCAUCCUGGAGGCGUUUUUUGUGGCAUACUCCUUAGAAAAAAGUGAAGUUGAAACUGCCAUUGAGAGGAAGAUUCAAGAGCUCGGAGUGGGAAUCCAAGAAGAAGAAAUGCACGAUGGGAAGCUUGUUGAUAACACGGACGCCAAGGACAGUGGCUUUAGUGGGGAUGAUGGAGACAACAAAAGGAAGGCCUUAAAAGGAUUGUACUUCAGAAUUGCAUCAAAAAAGUACAGGACCGUGGACGCCCUGCUACAGCAGAUGUUUGAGUCCGAAAUUGCUCCAGAGGAUGAAGGCCCACCCUUGGAUGAGAUUCUGAACUUCUCGCCCAGUGACAUAUAUCCCAAGGUUCCCAAUUUUGAAAACAGUGCGUGAUUCUGGGCUGGAAAAAUCCACACCCAGAAACCAAGCUCAGCGGCCAUUAUGUCUUGUCUGGAGAUGAUUUUUCCAGCCCAAGUUGUCUCUGUGCUGUAACCGGCCUGCGCAUUGGCGGCACCUGCCUGAGCGGUCAGUAGAAAGGGCUGGAGAGGCUGCCCCUGAGUGUCCUGCCUGGGUUGGCUCUGGGGUCUGAUCAGAGCAGUAAGGAGGGGAAGACCUAUGAAGAGAUUAUGAGGAGCACUUACCAUACACAUGCACGCACGUGUGUGAAGUCCUUUCGGUGGGGAUAUGGAAGCUUUUCAUUUAUUUUUAUAUGAUAUUUUGCUAUUCUAUUAAAUCCUAUGCUACAGUUACAGUGUUAUGUGAAUGACUUCUGAAUAUUUAAAUAUGGUAAAAGACUAUAUCUAGUAUAGCAGCUCUUAAAUGCUGUGUUUAUUCAAAAUGAAGAAAAACAUGCAUGUGAAAAUAAAAUUCUGUCACAACUGCCUCUCUUUCUGGGGAAGGCUCUCAAAGCUUUCAUUAAAUUACAGUGAGAGCAGGAUUUUGAGUAAGUUGCUCUUUGAGGUCACUUUCCCCAGCUGGAGCUCUCCCAAUGCGGUGACACACUCCUUUUGGGAAAUUAAAAUCAUUUUAUUAACACAAUUUUUAAUUGUGGAAAACACUCGUAACAAAGAAGUCACCGUCCUAACCCAUUCUAAGCAUAUAGUUCCGUUGUUUUAAGUAUAUUCAUGUUGUUGCGCAACAGAUCUCCAGAACUUUUUGUCAUCCCCAGUGGAACUGUAACCCGUCAACCGUCGCUGCCUGUUCCCUCCUCCCCCAGGCCCUGGCAGGCACGGUUCUACCUUCCUUCCGUCUCUACGAAUCCGGCUACUACUGUACCGCGCAAUCACAUUUUGAGCGAGUUGUCAGGGUGUAGCUCCUCACUCCUCAUUCCUCUGUACCCCCCACCCCACGGGACCCACUGUAAGGCAGGGGUCCAUGACCUGAGGUCUCCCGAGUACAGUGAGGCCUGAGUCAUGUGUCCUGUCAGGGUGACAGUGGAAGCUAGCUUGGGAGGGCUGCCUUUUCCUCAGUUCUGAAGGUGACCUCUGGUGUAGGAGCAAAGCCAAAGUUUCGGGCACGGCCUCUGGGGCCAGAUCAGCUGGCAUCAUACCCCGGCUUCCCGUGGACCAUGCCCCGUCAUGCCUGUGUGCCCCUUUUGCCCCCCUGCAGUUGGGAUGGAUGGUACCUCCCCCUAAGACUGGGGGGCUGAAGGAGGAGGUUGGGCAGACGGAUGCCGACCCUGCCCCUUCGGCGCUUGCUCUCACAGACUGCUGUUCCUGGUUCAAAGCCACACCUGGUAUCCAGCAUUGCUGCUUUAGAAUUCUGUUACCAUGACAAUCCUCGGAAGGAGGGAUGUCGCUGACCCCCCAUCUUAUGGGGUUAUGGAAUCCUGCUGCCCUCCGGACUGCUCUUAUUUCUUCGUAUACCUAACAUGUAUUGUUAUACUAAAUAUUAUAUGCUCAGUGUACCCAGUGGCAAUUUAAUUUUUUUAACUUGAACACGUGCUGGGCAUUUUUAAGUGAGAAACUAUGCAGUCAUUUAAAAAAAAAAAAAACUCAACACAGAAAUAUAGUAAAAAAUCAGAAGUUGCUUUGUAUUCUUUGUUCUCCUGAUGCCCACCUCCCCUUUUUUCUUCCGUGCACGAUGUGAAGCCCCCUUCCCAGUGGUGUUGCUGAGUUUCUUGUUUGUCCUUCUGGAAACACACCUACCCAUUUACAGUCAUGUUUGUCAUGAAUGUGCAGCGGACCCUUGACCAACACGGGGUGGGGGGAUGGGUGCUGAUCCCAGCACAGUCAGAAAUCUGCAUAUCACUUUUGACUCCCCUCAAAACUUUGCUAACAGACUACUGUUGACCAGAAAAGCCUUACCAGUAACAUAGUAUCUGAUUAACAUGUAAUUGACUUGUAAUGUGUAUUAUAUAUUAUAUUCUUAUGAUAAAGCUAGAUAAAAUGAAAUGUUAAUUAAGUCAUAAGGAAGAGAAAAUCCAUUUACAGUUCUGUAAUUUAAAAAAAAUCCAUAUAUAAGUGGACCUGCUUAUGAGUUCAAACUCAUGUUCAAGGGUCAACUGUAAUUGCAUUUUUUUAAUCCUAAGUGGGAUGUCAUGACAUUUUUGUGUAUAUAGUUCAAGAGCCUUUUUUCACUUAGCAGUGUUUUUCAUCUUGAUAUACAUGUGUUUGUAUAUAUACACACACACACAAAAUGCUGCCAAGUGUUGCAUAUCAUCAGUGUUUCGUGACUGAUUGAAAACUUGAAUUAUUGGUGGACCUAUAUGUUGUUCCACCUGUUCGACAUUAAACAGUAACAGAGUAAA